CCUCGUAAGCGUAACAUGGCCUUUGAUUUAAAAUUUGUAAACAAAUGACAAAUUUUAAGUGGGUGGCGAUGCAAAUUUUAUUAUGCUGAUUUGAAUAAAAAUAUAUAUCGUAUGCACAUCAAGGGUUUACUUUUCCUGUUGCAGUACUUUCCACGGUUAGAGUAGAUUACCCUUGGUAUGAAGUAUGCCAUUCUUGCAAAGAGUUAUAGAACCUGUCCAUGUGUGCAGGAAUACUUUGCCUCUUGAUGAUCAAGGUGUUUUAGCUGUAGAAGUGCCAAAUGAAUUAGAAUGUGUUACAAAUGGGACAUUAGCAAAUAUCAUUCGUCAGUUAUCAUCAUUGUCAAAGCAUGCUGAAGAUAUGUUCAGCAGUUUGUUUCGUGAAUCAUCCACCAUAGUAGCUAGGGCCAAUUCUCUUCAAGGCAGAAUUGACCGUUUGGCUGUUAAAGUUACACAGCUAGACUCCACAAUAGAAGAAGUGUCCCUACAAGACAUUCAUAUGCGUAAAGCAUUUAAAAGCUACAUAGUUUUUGAACAGCAAGUUGUAUCAAGAGAAUCAAUGCCAGCUGCUAUUCGAGAAACAUAUUUCAUGUGUGAUAAACCACCUCCAUUAGAUAAAUUAAAUCCAUACAGGGAAGAUGGAAAAGAUGGGUUAAAAUUUUAUACUGACCCAAAUUACUUUUUUGAUUUGUGGAAGCAAGAAAUGUUAAAGGACACAGAAAAGAUGGCACAUGAUCGCGGGAAAAAACUUGCACAUUCCAAAGAAGGAUCUGAGAAUCCCAACCAGAGGCCAAGACCAGAAUGUAAGAAGCAUAAAAGAAGUAGGCAGCCUCAUACAUCAAAAGAAAAAUAUAGGCAAAAUUUGCCAGCAAAAGAUAUUGAUGCUACUAAUUAUUAUCAAGUGCAGUAUGGAGGUGCAGUUCCUAGAAUUGGUAAUCAUAUUCAACCUGACGCUCAGCCUAUACGGCCGAACAGCUUAGAGCUUCAUUCUUCAUAUUUUAAUAGGCAACAAGCCCCGUAUUCGGAUAAUAAUAAACCUCAAUAUCCGCCUCCUCCUCCAGCAUAUACUGAGCAUCCAAUAUCACCUCAACAGCAUUAUCCACCACCACCUUAUGUUGCAGUUACUCCUGAGCGACAAAUUACGUCGCCUUCUGGGACUCCUUCUAGGAAUAUUUAUCGUAUCAAUUCCAUGCGCCCAUCUCAGCCUCCUCCAGCUCCGCCUCCUUUAAGUUCUUCUAGUUCCAGUGGUUCAUCUACACCUACUGUAUCUGUUGGUACACCCUCAAGUGGUGCCAGUCGGUAUCGGCCACCAUUGCAAACAAGAGAUAACUUGCCUCCACCUCCGCCACCACCUACAUCUGCUGCUACGGAAUCCCCUGCCUCACCUGUUACGAUAAAUAAAAAAGACUCGCCACAAACUGAAGUAUCAAAUUUAACUCCAACUCAUAGUCUUGAAGAAAAGCCAAAACUCAUCGAAAACCAGGAGAAGGAGCAUAUUAGUCCUAAAAGUAGUGCUGAAAGUAGCAGCAGUAGUAGCAAAACAAGUCCUGAAAAAACAAUUGAAGAACCUGUGAUUGAUGAAGUUGAUCUUCCACCUCCACCUCCUCUGCCUCAGAGUGUUAUAAAUGACAUACGUGAAAAUGGAUCUGUAUCUACAUCACCUGUUACUGCUCAGCCUGAGGCUGAGGUCUGCCAUCCCCCUCCACCACCUCCUCCUCCCUUACCACCUCCUUUAGAAGAUAUAGUCUUGGACAUUACGGAAAAUGGCAGUAUUUCAGAAAAUCAAAAUGUAGAGGUUGUGUCCAUUACAUCCGAGUCUGCGAGUGAAACAUCCAGUGUUAGUAAACUUAGUGAACAUUUUGAUGGGAAGUCAAAACUUUCUGGGCAUAAUGAUGGAAGAAGUGAUCUUUUAGCAGCUAUAAGAGAAGGAAUUAAACUUCGACGGGUUGAAGACAUCAAGCAGAAAGAGGUUGAAAAGGCUGCUCCUCUUCAUGAUGUAGCUUCUAUUCUUGCUCGUAGGGUAGCGAUGGAGUUUUCUGACUCAGAUUCUCCAUCAGGUAGUGAAUAUGACAGUGACGGCUGGGAAGAGGAUUCGGAGCAUCCUAAAACGUAACAAAUAAACAAACAAUAACAAAAAAAAAGUGUUUAUAGGUCAUCUGAUUGCUUAUUCCAGUUGCACUCACUGAUCAAAAUAAUGCAAUGCCAAGACUACUUAAUGAGUAUUGCACCAUCACAUUCUCUCUCCUGUAUGCUGUGAUGUUUUUAAAAUGUACGACAUCUGUUAGAACAAAGUUUUUUUUCCCCUUCCCAACUCUUUCGGUUGGGAGCUAUAUUCAGUCAAUUACUAGAUUAAAUUAUCGUUAUAAAGUUUUGAAGAUCUGUUGUGUUAUGAAAUAUAUAUCUAUAUAUCAAAGUUACCACUUGUAAUUAUGUUAAAUGAAAGUUAUCGUAGAAGAAAUGUUGAGCUUUUUAGACAUUAUUGUACAUUGUAAGAUCUUUCAUGAUGUUUUCAAAAACGAAUUGUAUUUGUAUCAUCAAGCUUUAAUUUUAUCUGUAUGAUUUAUAAUUUUGUUAAAUUAGACCUUGAAAUUUGGAUGCAGUUUAUAGUUUAUUUAUUUAAUUUCCUUUAUUUAAAAAGAUUUUGAUUAACCAGUUGCUUUAUUUUUUUCCCUGGUUAUAAUUAGAAAAGUCUUUAGUAGUGUGUAAUGUAUUUCUGUAGAUCAGAUAAAAAAAAAAAAAGGAAAUGUGAAGCUUUUUGUUUUUAUUCUUCAACUAGUAUAAUACUAUAUACCUACUGUAUGUUACUUUUUAAUCCUGUUAAGGUCUAAUAAACUGUUUGAUGGCAGAAGGUAAUGAAUAGAAAGUUGAGUUAAAUACCAUUAUUAUUUAUACUCUUAUUUGGUAAUAUCUUAAUUUUUUUAAUAGCUCAAGGUAAUCACCUCAUAUUAGGCUGCCAAUCUAUUGCUUAAAAUGUUUGUAAUAAGUGAUAGUGAAGUGUGAAUAUUUAUGUAAUCCAUUCCUUUGUUAUCUCUUGUAAAGCGUUAUCAAAAGUAAUCAUUGAGGAAUAGAAUUGUAUUGGUGCCAUGAAAAGUAACUGAAGAUUAUUUAAAUAUUCAUAUAAAAAAUUUUAGAAUUUAAAGUUUUGAGGAAUUUGUUUAAAUCUUAGUAUUUACUGUAUCAUACAGGUUUGGCAUCAAUUAUUUGUGGUAUGCAACUCCUUGAUUUUCUUCUUUAAUAGUAGGGAAAAUUUUUUUAACUCAUAAUCAGGUUUUAGCUGUGAAAUACAAUAUGUAGUGAAUAUUGAUUGAUUUUUUUUAAUACUCUUCUUAUUAUGAGGCAUCAUAUAUAGAUCACAGAAGAACUUCGAUUGCUAUUUAGGUAAUUGUAUAUAUUUUCAGCAGUUACUUGAAGAUAAAAGUUUUAAGUGAAUAUGUUUCUCUUCAAAGCUCUUUUUCCCCAGCUACAUAGUUUAUAGUAAUUGGAUACUAAUGUUUUAACUUUUCUUUUCUCAUUUAAUUUGGUUCACUUCCAUAGAAAUUUUUAUAAGCUCUGAUCAAAAAUUAAAAAUCUCUGUACUUACCUAAAUUAUGAAGAAAAUAAUUAAGUAAUCUUUGAAGGCCAUGUGGAAGAUGUUUUUCUUGUCCCAUUUUCAGCCUUUUGCAAAAAGAUUGUUAUAAGUUAAUUCUGCUGAAACUGAAUUAAAAAUCUCUGUUUUUGGGUGGAAACUGUCAAAUCUGUGGUUUCUUUAAUGUUAUAAAGGUCAUUUAUUAAUUUGUCCCCUUUUGAUAGCAUCUCCCCCCUUUUGUGAUUAUUUUGUCCUAGCAGUUUUCAAGUCUCAUUUUUUCUAACAGAUCUCAGAGCUUACCUAUUACUUUUUUUUAAGUGUUUGAUCUACUUAUUUAUUACAAAUAAAAAAUCUUUUCUCCUUCUUUUUUUGUUUAUAUUUUAAUUCUUCAAGUUAUGAGGAACUGGAUUAUGUGCUUGGUAUUGUACAGAUUUUACUUUAACAGUUUUAAAUAUUAUUUCAUCUUUUAUAAUGAAUGCAUUCUUUUUUUCCAUCUUCA